GGGCCUAAGGGUGGGAGGGGGGAGCGUGCAAUCGGCGGCGAUCAUCCCCGAAUUAGCUGCCCCGCCCGCCGCAUCAGGGCGAGAACAUUUGGUUUUGGAUAGAUUAAAUGCGCGGGGCUUGCGAUCAUCAGGGUUGUAGUCACGGCGCUGGCUCGUUGCAUCUGGCACCCCGAUCAUGUUCCACGCUUCGAAGCGCUGUCUGUAGCUGAAUUUUGAGACAAUUUUCGAGAUCCCUUCACAGCUGCGCGACCUCCAUCAUGGCGAUGUUCAUUAGAGUGAAGCGCAAGAAGACAACAUAUUUUCUUCACUGUGAUCCCUCGGAGACUGUGGUCGAAACCAAGCAUAAGCUGCACGCUUUAAGUGAUGUGCCUGUGGAUCAGCAGCGCCUCAUUCUGCUCCCUUCACAUACUGUGCUUGACGAUAACAAAACUCUUGCCGAUCAGAAGGUGGAGAAUGAUGCAGUUGUGGCACUUACUUUGAAGAUAGUUGGUGAUUGGGAGGAAGUCAACAUUGAGAAGCCGGCAGAUCAUGCCAAUCUCAUUGAUCCAGACUUAAACUGAAGAGGCUGCCGCUCGUGGAUUAGAGGGAUUUGAUUGUCAUGACUGAUUUUAUCAGGGUGGAUAGCCACAUAUCUCUCGUGUGAAAUCGAUAGCAUGUGAGGAUCGUCCAUAGAAGGAUGAUUUAGAAAACACCUCGCUCGUGUGAAAAUUACUGAAGAGGGCAGCAAUCAAACCUUUUAGAACGUGUGCUUGUGAGUCACCUUUAUGGAAUGUGGUUUCUAAUGUUCCAAAAUCGCAACGCAAAUUUCCGAAAUAACCGACAGUUGAUCCCUCUUACAAAGUUCUUCACACACAGGUGUAAUGAUCCUUUCAUUGUGGUAGUUCUACCAACUGUACUUACGAAUUCCUAUUUUUCUGUAGCACUUCCCUUGAAUGAACAUUAGAUGUUUCUAGUGUUUUGGUGAA